UGACGAGUGUAUGUGUACAAGCAGAGCGGUACGCGCAAGACAAGCCGCGCGUGGUGCCAUGGCGGCGGAGCUCCACUUCGUGCUGGUGCCGCUCUUGGCGCAGGGCCACGUGCUCCCCAUGCUCGACCUGGCGCGCCUCGUCGCCGGCCACGGCGCGCGCGCCACCGUCGUGCUCACGCCCGUGAACGCCGCGCGCAACAGGCCCGUCCUGGAGCACGCCGCGCGGGCGGGGCUCGCCGUCGACUUCGCCGAGCUCGCCUUCCCGGGGCCCGCGCUCGGCCUGCCCGAGGGCUUCGAGAACCUCGACAUGCUGACCGACGUAUCCCUCAUCAUCCCUUUCUACGACGCCGUGUGGCUGCUCGCCGAGCCCCUCGAGGCGUACCUCCGGUCGCUGCCCCGGCGCCCGGACUGCCUCGUCGCCGACUCCAGCGGCCCGUGGGCGGAGGGCGUCGCGCGGCGGCUCGGCAUCCCGCGGCUGCUGUUCCACGGCCCGUCCGCGUUCUACCUCCUCGCCGUGCACAACCUGGCCAGGCACGGCUCCUACGACCGCGCCCCCGGCGACUUCGAGCCGUUCGAGGUGCCGGACUUCCCGGUGCGCGCGGUCGUUAACAGGGCGACGUCGCUCGGGUUCUUCCAAUUGCCGGGGCUGGAGAAUCAGCGGCGGGAGACGCUCGAGGCCGAGGCAACCGCCGACGGCCUGCUCGUCAACACGUGCGCCGCCUUGGAGGGCGCGUUCGUCGAGCGCUACGCGGCGGUGCUCGGCCGGAAGGUAUGGGCGGUCGGGCCGCUCUGCCUCCUCAACACCGGCGCCGACACGAUGGCGGGUCGAGGCAACCGCGCGGCCAUGGACGCCGAGCACAUCGCGUCCUGGCUCGACGCGCGGCCGGCGGCGUCCGUGCUCUACGUCAACUUCGGUAGCAUCGCCCGCUUGUUCCCUGCUCAGGUCGCCGAGCUCGCCGCCGGCCUGGAGGCGUCCGGCCGGCCGUUCAUCUGGGUGGUCAAGGGCGCCGCCGGCCUCGACGCCGAGUUCGAGGCCCGAGUCAAGGACCGGGGCCUGGUCAUCCGCGGGUGGGCGCCGCAGAUGAGCAUCCUGUCGCACGGGUCCGUGGGCGGCUUCCUGACGCACUGCGGGUGGAAUUCGACGCUCGAGGCCGUCUCCCACGGCGUGCCGCUGCUGACCUGGCCGCACUUCGCCGACCAGUUCCUGAACGAGGCGCUGGCCGUGGACGUGCUGGGCGUCGGCGUGCGUUCCGGCGUGAAGGUGCCGGCCACGCACGUGGGGCUCGUGAGGCCCGGGGAGAUGCUGGAGGUGCAGGUAGGGAGGGACGACGUGGGGAGGGCGGUGGCCGAGCUCAUGGACGAGGGGCCGGCCGGCGCGGCGCGGCGGGCUAGGGCCAAGGAGCUCGCGGAUAAGGCGAGGGCCGCCAUGGCGGAGGGCGGGUCGUCGGACGCUGACGUCAGGAACAUGGUCCGCCACAUCGCCGAGCUCGCUCGGGCUCGGAAGGAGGCGGGCGCGGCUCCGGCUCCUGGUGUGUCAGAGGCCGUGAGCACGAGCAAGGACAAGAAGAUGGACGACGCAGAUGGCAUGCUCCCGGUGGCGUCCGAAAUUACCUGAACUACUUGAAUACUUCUCUUCGGAGACAUAUGCGAAGGAAUACUAGAUUACUCUGAUGGCAAGAACAAACAUCCAAACUUUGAUAUAUUUUUUUAAUAAAAAUAGGAGCACUGCUAUGUCAUUUAAGUGGAUAGAAGCAAAUACAGAUUCUUAGUACGGCGAUAUUAUACGAAAGCAGUGGCGAAGCUACAGCAAAUUGGAGAGGGGUGCAUUUGAGUUGUGGGUGCAUAAAGUUGAGUCAUUGAAGAUGCAAAUAUGGUGAAAAUUUGGACGUAAGCAUUGUUUUUUCUAUAA